UAUGGCCCAUGUAAAAUAAUUGGGUAUCUAAACUAAAUUAUAGGUAGUGCAUUUGAAGUAAUCAUUUACAUAAAAGACCUAGUUAGUUUACUUGACCCAUUUGAUGUGACAAUAAUGAAAGAAGAUUAAUGUUCUUCUUACCUGUAAGGUACAUCACUCUUAAAAUGCACCUCAAGAUCAGCGAGACGGUUGUGAUCAUUUCCAAACUUUACUUACUUUUCUUUUUUAUUUCAGUAAAAGAGAUCAAACUCGACAGUACCCAGCUGUGUGUCCAGCUGUGUGUACUAACGUUUAAUGAUGGAGUCUCCUCUUCAGGACUCACAAGUCGAGCUUCUACUAUUAAAUAAGCGUCGAACUAAGAAGAAACGAUCACACUCACCAGUACCGAGCUGUGUCUCCAUGAAGAGUGAUGAUUCUAUGCGUCCUCCUAUAACAUUUAAAGAUGGAGAUCCUUCAUCUGUACACAGUUCAACUAAGGAGAACCGAUCACACUCACCAGUACCGAGCUGUGUCUCUAUAAAGAGUGAUGAUUCUAUGCGUCCUCCUAUAACAUUUAAAGUUGGAGAUCCUUCAUCUGUACACAGUGUUCUGCAGAAUUCAGGAGAUGAAAUAAAAAUGAAAGUCAUCACCGAUACAGAGUCUGAUUCUGCAUCUGCUGGAACUGAACUCCAGAAAAACUUCAAACUGCAUUUGUUACAGAAGUUUAAGUGUUUAAAUGACGUGACAUCAAACCAGAAAAACCCAACAUUACUGAAUGAGAUCUACACAGAACUCUACAUCACAGAGGGAGACACUGGAGACUUCAAUAAUGAACAUGAGGUGAGACAGAUCGAGGCAGCAUCCAGGAGAUCAACAACAGAGGAAACACCAAUCAACUGUAACGACAUCUUUAAACCUUUAUCUGAAGAGGACAAACCCAUCAGAACUGUACUGACAAAGGGAGUCGCUGGUAUUGGAAAAACUGUCUCUGUACAGAAGUUCAUUCUGGACUGGGCUGAAGGAAAAGCAAACCAGGAUCUUCACUUUAUAUUUCCACUUCCUUUCAGAGAGCUGAAUUUAAUGAAGGACCAAAAACUGAGUCUGAUGGAUCUUUUCAGCUUCAGAUUUAAGGAGUUGAAGGACACUGAAAUGUCCAGUUUGCAGAAAGUUCUGUUUAUUUUUGAUGGUUUGGAUGAGUGUCGUUUCUCUCUAGAUUUUCUGAACACAGACAGAUUGUGUGAUGUAACUGAAUCAGCAUCAGUGAAUGUGCUGCUGAUAAACCUGAUUAAAGGGAAUCUGCUCCCAUCUGCUCUCAUCUGGAUAACCUCCCGACCAGGAGCUGCUGAUCAGAUCCUCUCUGAGUGUGUAGAUCGAGUGACUGAGGUACGAGGGUUUAAUAACCCACAGAAGGAGGAGUACUUCAUGAAGAGAAUCAGUGAUCAGAGCCUGGCUAACAGAAUCAUCACCCACCUGAAGUCAUUACGAAGCCUCUACAUCAUGUGUCACAUUCCAGUGUUCUGCUGUAUUUCAGCCACUGUUCUUGAGAGAUUGUUGGAUGAAGCUGAAGGUGGUGAGAUGCCCAAAACUCUGACUCAGAUGUACACCCACUUCCUCGUCAUUCAGACCAACAUCAUAAGAGAAAAAUAUCCAAAGAACCAGGAUACAGAUGAAGAAAUUAUUCUCAAACUGGGAAAACUGUCUUUUAAUCAGCUGAUGAAAGGAAACCUGAUCUUCUAUGAAGAAGACCUGAUAGAGUGUGGAAUUGAUGUGAGGGAAGCAUCAGUGUACUCAGGUGUGUGUACACAGAUCUUCAGAGAGGAGUUUGGACUGAACCAGAAUAAAGUGUACUGCUUUGUUCAUCUGAGUAUUCAGGAGCAUCUCGCAGCUCUAUAUGUGCACCUGAUGUUCAUGAAAGAGCAACAAAACAUUAACACACAGGAGCAGCUUUCUUAUCUCGAUGUCCUAUUUAGAAAAAAACUCUCGGACGUGCACCGGACUGCAGUAGAUGAAGCAUUAAAGAGUAAAAAUGGACAUCUGGAUCUUUUCCUCCGUUUUCUUCUGGGUCUGUCACUGGAGUACAAUCAGACUUUGUUACAUUCAUCAGUGACACAGACAGGAAGUAGCUCCCACAGCAAAGAGGAAACAGUUCAGUUCAUCAAGGAGAGGAUCAAUAAGAACACAACUGCAGAGAAAUCCAUCAAUCUGUUCCACUGUCUGAAUGAACUGGGAGAUCAUUCACUAGUGGAGGAGGUCCAGCACUACCUGAAAUCUGGAAAUUUUGGAGAAAGUGACCUCUCUACAUCACAGUGGUCAGCUCUAGUGUUCGUGUUACUGACAUCAGAGCAGGAACAAGAUGAAUUUGUCCUGAGCAAAUAUUGCACAGACAGAAACUCAAAUCAGGUUCUUCUGAAGCUCCUUCCUGUAAUUGCAGCCUCCAGAAAAGCUGAGUUGAAUAAUUGUGGUGUAUCCGAUGAAGGUUGUGCUGCUCUGGCUUCAGCACUGAGAUCAAACCCCUCACAUCUGAGAGAUCUGAAUCUGUCAUGGAAUAAACCAGGAGAUUCAGGAGUGAAGCUUCUCUCUGCUGGACUGGAGAAUCCUCACUGUAAACUGGAGAAACUGGGGUUGAAUGAUUGUGAUGUAUCAGAUAAAGGUUGUGCUGCUCUGGCUUCAGCUCUGAGAUCAAACCCCUCACACCUGAGAGAUCUGAAUCUGUCUCAGAAUAAACUAGGAGAUUCAGGAGUGAAGCAUCUCUCUGCUGUACUGGAGAAUCCUCACUGUAAACUGGAGAUACUGUGGUUGAGGUAUUGUGGUGUAUCAGAUGAAGGUUGUGCUGCUCUGGCUUCAGCUCUGAGAUCAAACCCCUCGCACCUGAGAGAUCUGGAUCUGUCAUGGAAUGAACUAGGAGAUUCAGGAGUGCAGUGUCUCUCUGCUGGACUGGAGAAUCCUCACUGUAAACUGAAGAAACUGAGGUUGGAUGAAUGUGGUGUAUCAGAUAAAGGUUGUGCUGCUCUGGCUUCAGCUCUGAGAUCAAACCCCUCACACCUGAGAGAUCUAAAUCUGUCUCAUAAUAAACCUGGAGAUUCAGGAGUGAAGCAUCUCUCUGCUGGACUGGAGAAUCCUCACUGUAAACUGGAGAUACUGGGGUUGAGGUAUUGUGGUGUAUCAGAUGAAGGUUGUGCUGCUCUGGCUUCAGCUCUGAGAUCAAACCCCUCACACCUGAGAGAUCUGAAUCUGUCCUAUAAUAAACUAGGAGAUUCAGGAGUGAAGCGUCUCUCUGCUGGACUGGAGAAUCCUCACUGUAAACUGGAGAUACUGGGGUUGGGUGAUUGUGGUGUAUCAGAUGAAGGUUGUGCUGCUCUGGCUUCAGCUCUGAGAUCAAACCCCUCACACCUGAGAGAUCUGGAUCUGUCUCAUAAUGAACUAGGAGAUUCAGGAGUGAAGCAUCUCUCUGCUGUACUGGAGAAUCCUCACUGUAAACUGGAAACACUGGGGUUGGGUGAUUGUGGUGUAUCAGAUGAAGGUUGUGCUGCUCUGGUUUCAGCUCUGAGAUCAAACCCCUCACACCUGAGAGAGCUAAAUCUGUCUAAUAAUAAACCAGGAGAUUCAGGAGUGAAGCUUCUCUCUGCUGUACUGGAGAAUCCUCACUGUAAACUGGAGAUACUGAGGUUGGAUGAUUGUGUUGUAUCAGAUGAAGGUUGUGCUGCUCUGGCUUCAGCUCGGAGAUCAAACCCCUCACACCUGAGAGAUCUGAGUUCAUCUCAGAAUAAACCAGGAGAUUCAGGAGUGAAGCUUCUUUCUGCUGUACUGGAGAAUCCUCACUGUAAACUGGAGAUACAGGGACUGCCAUCAGGAUCUGAACCUCGUAACAAAAAAAAAAAAAAAAGGUUGCCGACUGCAAUGGAGGCCAAAUGUUCAACAAAAUUCUCAUCAAACACAGGAGAUGAUGAAUAAAACAGGGCUGCACUCUGAAAAUAGGCAAAUCUCUGUUACAGUAAGUAUAGAGAAAAUAUUUGCUACCACAUAAGGGGCGCCAUCAAGGGGAGCCACAGCCACCCCUGCACAAGUACUGCCCCUCCAGUUGCCACAUCUUGGAAAAUUGACUCACAUAUGCAUAUGCUGCAUGAUUUGCUUCUAUUUUAUAUAUUCCAUCAGCUACUGUUCAUUUGAAUCAAGUAUGUAAACAUUCACAACAAUGUGUAAAAUGUACAUAUUUACUUUGUACUCUUUAUAAACUGUAUAUAAGCUGUAUUUACUUUUUUAAGGAAUGGAGUAACUAGCUUAUUAAAAAAAAUCAAUGAAUCAACUAACAUGUAAAUACAGAUACAUAACACAAUAAAACAGGAUUGUUGUUGUAUAGUAAAAGCCAUUAGGGUUUGUACAGUUAAAUGUUAAAUGUUAAUUAACUGUAAAAUAAGAACAGGAGUAUGCAGUAACUAUAUCAUUAACACAUCAUGAUAUAGUUAUUAACUAGUCUAUAUACUCUACAAAAUUUUGUUUUGGUUUUGGUGUGCUACCACAAUGUUUUUAGUGCUCCUAUCUAACCUGCUAUGUUAAUUUCAUCAUUAUAAGUGUCUGUUUUAGACAUAAUUAUGUUUAGUAGUUGUAAGUGUAUGUGAUUAACACAUAACUAGAACUUCUAGAAUGUUCUAGAAGGGCUAGAUUAGACAAGUGCAUCAAUAGAAAGUAUAAAUGGUGUCUAAGUGAGGAUACGUUCAACCCAUUUUUAAUUUCUCUCUUUAGUUUGUACCAUUGUAACAUCUUUACACUUUUUUUUUUAACUUUAUUAAACUUUAAAUCUUG